CAGGGUAAAGGUAGCAGUAAUGCUGACGUUGGCAAGCAAACUGAAGCGGGAGGACGGUCUCAAAGGGUCCCGGACGUCAGCCACGGCCUCCGACUCCACUCGGAGGGUAUCUGUGAGAGACAGGCUGCUUGUUAAAGAGGUUGCGGAGCUUGAAGCUAAUUUACCAUGUACAUGUAAGGUGCAUUUUCCUGAUCCAAACAAGCUUCAUUGCUUUCAGCUAACUGUAACCCCAGAUGAGGGUUACUACCAGGGUGGAAAAUUUCAGUUUGAAACUGAAGUUCCUGAUGCGUACAACAUGGUGCCUCCCAAAGUGAAAUGCCUGACGAGGAUCUGGCACCCCAACAUCACAGAGACAGGCGAAAUAUGUCUAAGUUUACUGAGAGAACAUUCGAUUGACGGCACCGGCUGGGCUCCCACAAGGACAUUAAAGGAUGUUGUCUGGGGAUUAAACUCCUUGUUUACUGAUCUUUUGAAUUUUGAUGAUCCGCUGAAUAUUGAAGCUGCAGAACAUCAUUUGAGGGACAAGGAGGACUUCCGGAAUAAAGUGGAAGACUACAUUAAGCGUUACGCCAGAUGAUAGGAGGAGACGGUGGGGCUGCGGACUGUGUGUUGUAGGCUUGUCUCCAACCUCAACCAAGAGGGAGCCCCCCUCCCCAGUCCUCGCUCCCCUCAGACCCACAGGGUCAUCCACAUCCUGUGACCAUGCUGUCCCGAGGAAGAACCUCUUCACGGCUGCCCAUUGUAGAUGGAGAGUCCCACAUAAAUACAGCAAGAAAAUGUGUUUGGGGUUCUAAAGAGUUGUCUGCUUCCCUUAACAUGUUUACUUUUUGGAAACUGUACUGUAUAGGCUAUUGAGAGAUUCCUGAGAAGUUGUAACGAACUCAGAAUUGAGGCUAGCGCUUGCUUCUUCCCCUUUUCCCAAAAUCCUUCCCCGCACAAGUGAUCCUGAUGAAGUGCUCAGUGUAGCUCGCAGAGGAGCGGUGAGAAACCCGCUACAUACUGUGAUUGGAUGCCAGUUCUCUUAGCCCCUCACACGGAUGUUGGCCCUGCCUAGAUGUCGUGAAGCUUCCCAGAAUGCGUAGUCAUUCACUGUAGAUCUCUUACUGAAAUGCGUAUUUUAUUUAAUGUAAGUAUAUUUUGGAACAGAUUUGUAAUUUGUACAAUUUAAUGCUUUAAUUAUUUUUUUCUAUUCUCAUUUAGUUUGUAUUUUCAUUGUAUAGAGCAGACAGAAAGAUGUUGGGUCAAGCAACUAUUGAAGAGAAAUACAAAGAAAACAUGAAAGACA